AUGUCUCCACAACUCUCCAAAAUGACCAACAAAGUUAUCCACUUUUCGACCAUUAUCAAUCCAAAGAAUCAGUCUGAUGAAUGCGACAGUAUGCCGUGGCAGCGUGUCCUCCUUACAAUGUGUUUUUUGGGCAGGCUCCCAAGGGAGGCAGUUCAAGGGAGCAAUAUUCCUGUCCAUGUUUCAGUUUCUAUUGCUGAAGAAUAUGGGCCAUUUACCUCCCCAGUGAUGGAAGCUAUAUCAGUGGAUCUUUGCCCUACUCGUCCUAAUUCACCAUUGAUGGACGAUUCAAUUCCCAGUCAAGUCAACAACGAUUUUUCUUCCCAAGAGGAUGUCACUAUUGCAUUCCUCCCACUUCAAGGAACCUUCAACCACAAUAAUCCGAUGGACUGGGCCGCGCUAUCAAAGGAGAUCGAAGGAUGGUUGGUGACCGAAGUAGACAUCAGGUCUCAAUUGUGGACAUGGGGAUGUGAUGCUUUUUGGCUCACGUUUGUCGCAGCAUACCCUCUAUUUCCCAGAGGCAAAUGGCUGAUGUGGGACCCUUGCAUUCCUGUGGAGGGGACAUUUAUUAAGGAGUGGUUGGAGCGGUCAAGUGAUAUCGAUGCCAUAAAAUUAGGGGGCGAUCAUUCUCUCCUGGCUUUGCUUGGUGACAUAUGGGCUGAAUUCAACAGACAUACUGCGCUUUAUUACCCUUUCCCUCUCAUCGAUGUCAACUAA